AUGGACCCGAAAGACCUGACGCCGGCACAAUGCGUGCUACUGACCGUCCACCUCGCCUUGGAAUCGAAUAUCAAAGCACUGCACACAUUCACGCCCUCCCGCCUCGACGCCCUCGAUCCUGAGCUCGUCCUGCGCAUACUCCUGACAUAUCUACCGGAGGCUCUCGACCCGCGCGAAUACACGAACUACGUUGAAGAGGUUGCAUCAAGACUAUACGUGAACAUCGAUCGGGAAGACGUGGAAGUCAACACAUCUCCCGUCAAAGACAUCUCGGACGCACAGGCGCAGAAACGUGUCAAGAAGCUCCAUCUCUUGGAAAUACUGUCACCUUCGUUUCCACCUCAUGCGCCGAAAGAUCUACUCACUUGGUUCCUUUGCCAUAGGGCCUAUCGGAUAGAUGCAGAGACUGGUCUCCUGAACCUAGUUCCUGCUUUGAUUGAGCCGUUCAUAAACCGCAAUGACUUCAUCCGGACCUGGUAUAUCUCCGUGGUGCUUCCGUUGCUCAGGUUGGAGGUUGAAUAUUACCCUGAGGACGAGGCGGUUUCUAUGCCAUUGUCGGAUUUCGAGAAAUUGAGCGGCCGGGGAGUUGUGGACGUGUUGAUGAAGAAGGCAUCCGAGCCAGGGGACAGAACCGCUAGCGAGUCGGCAAAGACAGACAACAUCGGAAGAGACAUUAAGAGCCUCGUAGGUCCUUGGAUGUACGGUCACACCGAACGCAAGCGGAGAAGGCUAGACCAUGAUCAUGAGGAAAAGAGCUCGAGUGGCAAUGACAAUGAAAGUGUCGAGAAUGUCGCACUUGGGGUUCGAAAGAUCGCUCUUGAAGGCGUAAGCGCUGAUGACAAGACUGGACACGAUUGGGAGUACAUGUACCGUUGGCUGGUGCAUCAUGCUGUGGACAACUUCGAGCUUGUCUCACGAGCCGUGGAAGAGUGGGAGGGCCCGGGAGAUGUUGAUCUCGGAGGACACGACAGGGGAGGGGUACAUUACCUUGAUGAGGAAGAGCAGCGAAAGUUGGAAUUACAGUACGCUCAAGCUGCAUUUGCGAGCUGUUACGCUGCUCAAGCCAACAGUCCUGAGACUGUCCGCAAAGCCCACGACAUCCUAGCACGACUCGCAGAGCUACUCGAGUUUAUCCCACCCCCUGAUCUAGCGACGAGCGUCGACUCCUUACCUCGUAUCGAGAGACAUGCUACCAAGCUGGAUGAGUCGCAGACCGUCGCAGAUUUACUACCGGAUGCACUGCUGCGCCCUGAGCAUCCUCUGACAACCCCACGACUUGAGGCGUACAUGCUGCUACAGACGAUGGUAUACAGUGCAUACCAAUUCUCCGGACUCGGAUACCCACUGUCGCUGCUAAACGUGGCCAAGCUGCAUUUCUACGCCGAUUCUCAGGAGCAGCUUGACGUGUUGAGACGGAUUCUGCGGCACCUGUCGAAGAAUGGCGCCCGCAAAGACGACACACAAUGGACUGCAGACCGCGCGAAACUGCUCUGGCUCUGGAACUGGGGAAUCGAGCCUGACGACAACGAUCAGUCGAACGAGGGUUGCGGUGUGCUGGGAAAGAUUCCUAAGGAAGCGUUCGAGGAAGAGAUGCUCAAGACUUUUGUCGACACAAGCUGCUUCGAGUUGAUAGGUAGUCUCUACAUUUCUGAUCCAUCGCACGCAUUGCUGUCGCCCUCGCGGGUAGAACAGAUCAUCCUGGAUAAGGCAAUGGAGGCAUACGACAGUGCAAGCAACGGCAACAGAACAAGAGGGGGAGUGAAGCGAGCCAACGAGAUCAUCACUGCCUUUCGCCCACGCUUCCCCAGCAGCACCAAGUUUGAAGAAGCCGCAGCGCUCAUUUCUGCCACACAUGCCCUGUCUUUCUAUUCUCUGACCUUGCAACACGGCGUUCCCUUCCAGCCAGUCAGCAUCCGAGUCAGUCAUGACCCGAUAUCUCUAAUCAGCAAAGUUCUCGAACAGAACCCGAGAAGUUACACCCAGCUGGACGACCUCAUUGAGAUUGCUCGCAACCUUGUCUCAGCAGGUUUGCAUUUCGACGAGGAUGAUGAGCAUGCCUUGAACGGUUCUGAACCAGCAGACCCGGAUUCCGUUGCGAAGCGUAGGAAAGAUGCCGAGCGACGAGUAACUUUCAUGGCGAUACAAGCUGCGCUCCAGGAGCACGAUUUCGAGACCGCAUAUUCAUACAUUGUCAGCAGACUCACACCCUCUGGUGCAGACAUAAACGGUCCAAACAAUGACAGAAGACCUAAACACCAAAAGAGCUCCAGUCGAUCGAAGAACGAGCCUGAUGAUGACAUUUCAUGGCGAGCAGCCUUCCUGGCGGGCCGAUAUCGUCCACAAGAGAGCUCACCGACUCUUCGCCGCCUAGAGCAACGUACAGAACUACUUUCACUGGCACUCCUCCUUGCGCCUGGCUCCGCGCUCACCGAGAUCCUAGCCGCGUGGCGUCGCUGCGAAGAGGAGAUGACAUCCCUUCAGCUUGCCCAACAGGAGGCAGAGGAUGAAUUCGACGACAGAGCCGACAAGCGAAUGAGUAGUGGCCCAUCUGCGCUCCCGGGCAACUUUACCGUUGGAGGCGAGCAACCGCAAUUGAUCCUCAACCAAAAACGUCGCGAGAUGGGACGUAUCGGCGCCGCGAACAGGGGCAACGAUGAGACGCCAUUGAGCAUGUUCGAUCUCACUCGGAAUGCUGCGAGAGCUUUCAGUAAGAACGCGUUCCCGUUGCAGGGCGCUGCGAGAUCGUCGGGAGAGCAAGAGAGGUCCAUGGAGGCGAGCACGGGGAGUCUAGGAAGUGAUAGGCCGACGAGUCCGACCGAUGCUCAGCAGAGAGUGAGGAAGAGGGACAUGGUUGCCAAUGCGGCGAGUGGUGCACUUGCCAGUGGUCUUGGCUGGGUGCUUGGAGCAACGCCUAAUCAGCAGCAGCAACAGCAGCAGCAUUAA